UGGCUUUAGAUCAUGUAAGAUUGAUUAUGGAUACAGUUUAUGAAGAGAGUUCACUAUAUUCAUCUCUGGUUGUACUUUUGGUUACUGUGGUUGGGGUUUCUUUGUAUCUUUGGAUGUCAAAGAAAUUGAACAAAGGAAAACCACCAUUGCCGCCGGGACCUCGAGGCUUACCAUUUGUUGGUAUCCUUCCAUUUAUUGAGGUGGGAAUCCACCGAUAUUUUGCGAAAUUGUCUGAAACCUAUGGUCCUAUCAUGAAACUUAAUUUGGGUUCCAAGGUAUGUGUGGUAUUGAGCUCAUCAUCCAUAGCCAAAGAGGUCCUUAAAGAUCAUGAUGCAAUAUUCGCAAAUCGCGAUCCAAACAUCGCCGCGCUCGCCGUUUCUUACGGUGGCAGCGACAUUACAUGGAGCCCAAACGGCGCGAAUUGGCGUAUGAUGCGCAAGGUAUUCACACAAGAAUUGAUGAGUAACAAAAGUAUUGAUGCUUGUUAUCGUCUUCGCCAACAAGAGGUGAGGAAAAUGGUGAGACAAGUCUAUUCUAAGACUGGUGAAUUGAUUAACAUCAGUGAGAUGAUAUUUGGAACAAUGUUUAAUUUGGUCUUAAACAUGUUAUGUGGUGGAAUGCUAAGAGAGGAAGACAAAGUUAAGAUCUCAGCUGAGCUAAGACCAGUGAUAAAGCAAAUGAUUACACUGGUGGCUAAACCUAAUAUUUCUGAUAUGAUUCCUAUUCUUUCUCAAUUUGAUAUACAAGGCAUUAAACGUGAAGGUAAGAAGUUAUCUUCUGAGAUGGAUCGUAUCUUUGAUUCAAUUCUAGAUAAGAGGAUUAAGAUAUUGGAUGAUGAGAUGCAAGGGAUGGGCUCUGAGGAUAAUAAUAAAGAAACCAAAGAUUUCCUUCAGAUCCUUUUACAGCUUCAGCAGCAAGAAGAUGGCACAUAUUUGACCAAUGCACAUCUCAAGAAUUUAUUUCUGGAUGCAAUUGCGGGUGCAACAGAUUCAACAUCCAUAAAUGUAGAGUGGGCAAUGGCAGAAUUAAUUCUAAACCCUGAGAAAUUGAAGAAAGCUAAAGAAGAAUUGGAUCAAGUGGUUGGUAUGAAGAACAUAGUUGAAGAGUAUCACUUGUCCAAAAUGUCAUAUUUGGAUGCAGUUUUAAAAGAAGCACAUAGGUUACAUCCAGUGGUUCCACUUUUGGUUCCACAUCGCUCAAGUGAAUCCUGCACUGUUGGUGGGUAUACUGUACCAAAGGGUUCUACUGUGUUUAUAAAUGUGUGGAAAAUGCAUAGAGACCCUGAUGAAUGGGAGAGUCCCACAGAGUUCAUACCUGAGAGGUUCUUGGCUGAUUCUGAUAAGUAUGAUUAUAGGGGAAACAAUUAUAAUUUUCUACCAUUUGGAUCUGGAAGGAGGAUUUGUGUGGGAAUUCCAUUAGCAACAAAGAUGGGGUUGUAUGUGAUAGCUUCACUUCUGCAUUCAUUUGAUUGGGAAUUGCUGAAGAAGGAACAACUUGAUCUAUUGGACAAAUACAGAAUCCUCUCAAAGAUAGCAUCACCACUCGAAAUUACUCCCACUCCAAGAUUACCAAAGCCAGAACUCUACGUUUAAUUAUUAAGAAGGGAUUUCAUAUUAAUUACCUGUAUUUUAUAAAAUAAUCUCACACUUAAUUGGGAGAUCUCAUAAUGUCUCUCCAAGUGUGCUCUAAGAUUUCAUGUUAAUUAGCUUUUGCACUAGAGUGUGGCUUUAUU